AAAGUGCGCAUGUGUAAAACAGGUUUCACCAUGGUAACGUUGUUGCAACAUUUGUAAAAAUUGAAACGCCACACCGGCUACAAUGUUUUUAUAGUCCACAGUAAUUAAUGAAUUAGUUAGUUUCAUACAAUUUGCGGGACUAUGCUAUUUUACUGCUAUGGAAUGUUACUCACGUUCUAAUCUUUGCUUUAACGGUCCCGUUCUAUGACGUCACAGUAAUUGGAAUGGAAUUUGGAAGCCUCUUCAUUUUGCUAGCUGAGUAUCCUGAGUGCAAAAGGCUUCCUUCAGUUCAGUGGAAGUUUUAUUGGUGAAUCACGGUUCAGUCUUCACACUCAGUCACCAUGUCUGAUACCAAGAUGUAUUACAGCAGACCAACUCUUAUUUCCAAUUGGCAUAAAAACAGAGAGGCCGAACCCAAAGACUAUGACUUCACUCGGUGUCCAGAUGGAAAGAAGAAACUCAGCAAAUCUACCUACAAACACUUUGGAACCUACAUGGAUGCUGAUUGGAGCACAAGUACAGAAACCCAAAUGUCACAGUAUCUACUGAAGAGAGAUUACGAGCCCAAGAAGAUUCUCAAGUCUAUGGUAGAGGCUGGCCACUUCCAGUCUACAGACUUUGACAAACGUACAGUCAGGAAGUUGGACUCCACAUAUGCAGUGGAUUACCUGCCCCCAUGGGACUCCAGCAAAGAGGCGAGGACCAUGAAGGGCCUAGCAGCAGACAGCAUUCCUGACUACAGGAAGCCCCAGUCCCAGUUCACAGACACCGCCGACUACCGUCGCGGGGGCAGGAACACCUGGCAGGAUGAGAGCGGGGUCUAUGGUACCCUGGGAGCCACAUCCAGGGCCCAGGCUCAGCCAUCCAACCCCAUCUGCCCCUAGAACCCUCACCCUCCCUGGGGAACCACCACAGCAUGGCCUCCUUAACCUGGUUCUCACUGACCAAGACUAUUUUUCUCACUACAGACUUUACUGUAGCAACUUUUUACCUCAGUAUUUCACUUUCUUUCACCUCAAGCUAUUGCUGUUUUGUCAUUUUUACAUGAAUAAAGCAAGUAUUGCAUGCCCAACGUUUAUGUUUUCCAACAACAGUGUUUCAUUGGAGUGGUGUCAGUGGAAAUGGAUACACCUCUGUGCUCAGUAUUGGUGUUGCAUCCCUCAGUGUUCAGUUCAGUCUUUUAGCAUCUGGUGUCUCUCUGUGAGGUUUAUAAUAUGUAUCUUCUGGUGUUUUCCCCUCCCAUCUCCCAGGGCGAGGGUUGUCCAGUCAUUUAUAAUGUGUAUCUCCCAGGGUUAGGGUUGUCCAGUCAUUUAUAAUGUGUAUCUCCCAGGGUUAGGGUUGUCCAGUCAUUUAUAAUGUGUAUCUCCCAGGGUUAGGGUUGUCCAGUCAUUUAUAAUGUGUAUCUCCCAGGGUUAGGGUUGUCCAGUCAUGUCUUUCUGUUGUUAUUUCUGCAUCCCAUCCUAUUACUUCAUUGUUCUAAGUUCCUCCAACAAAAGCGUCCGUGUUCGUUUUCUCUCAGCAGAGGCAGAAAUGAACAAACCAAUAAUUCAACAAUAACAGUCCAAGACCUCUGGGUCUCUCUUCAACUUUAAAAACGUUCUUAUUGAAUUACACAGCUUGUUAGGCUGAACGUGAGCGAACUACCUCCCUCCUGGGGUUUGACCUGUACGUGACCUGGAAACAAACCCAGACCCUUAAAGUGUGUGUGUGUGUGUGUGCGUGUGCAGGCAUAGAGUGUGUGGGAGCCUGUUAACACAUCCCUAUACACCAUGGACAUGGCGGUGCUUUGUGCAAAUUUUAUUUACAUGAAAUUGGGAACUUCCUGGCGAACCCCCCCCCCCCCCCCCCCCCCCCAUGGGAUCUGAACCAUUUCCGUUGGCCUGUAAAGCACAUGUGGGUGUCUGCUUGCUGUGACCCGACCUAGCCUACACCUUGGACAUGAGAUAGACUGAGAGAAAACACAACACAUCCUGCCGUGUUUUCCUCUUGUCUUCUUCCAAUGUGCAUUCAGUGGAACUGUGCUCAUUAUACUGUCUCUGUAUAAUGUCUAUACUGUAUAUCUCUACUACUGGGUGGGGGAAAAAACGACAGUUGGAAUUGUUCACGUUAAAAUAAAAAGUUUUGAGGGCACAAA